AUGGGUAACAGCACAACCAUCGCCCCACAAUUUCAACACUCAUAUGCCGUCGUAAAUCCACCAUUGACCCAGUCCAUACGCCCGGAGGCAGAAGUCUAUGGAAUCUGCAGAAUCGUUCCACCGGACGGCUGGAAGCCACCCUUUGCCCUGGACAAGGAUGAGUUUGUCUUUGAGACUCGGAAACAGGAUCUGAACCAGUUGGAAGGCCAAAACCGGCUGAGACGACAGUUUUUCGACAUGCUAUCGUCAUUUCAUACGGGCAGGGGAGUACCCAUGGCGAAAAAGAGGAUACAACGGCGCGAAGUAGACCCUUACGAGCUGCACCGGUUGAUUCAAGAAUUCGGAGGUGUAGAUUACGUAACCGAAAAGCGGCUGUGGUCAAACAUUGGGGAGGCUAUGGGCUUCGACAGGAUGGUUUGUACAUCUCUAGGCUUUCAGCUGCGAGAAGCGUAUGAAGUACUACUACGGCCUUACGAGGUGUUUGUUGCUGAGAGGAAGGCAGAAAAUGAAAAGAUACGAAACGAGAAAAAUACAAUCUUCAAAAGCAAGCGUGUACUGGCCAAUGCCUCGGCGAGUUCGUUGGCCGCGCGUGCUACGAAAGCGGUACUACCAGAUUCUGAAAAGGACUCUAACGAACUAGCGUCCGGUUUAAAGUCAAACAAGAGGAUAUGUCCCGCAAACCGAAGGCGGAACAACACUGAACCUACCACCAGUGUUGACUCAGUACCUCGGGUCUCAUCUGCCCCUAGACCAAGGAGAGCGGCGCAACAGUUGACUUACCAAUCGCAGUGCUAUAAUGACGGCAGGGACAAGGCGGUUGUGAAGAAAAUUUACAAUUCUGCAUUGAGUGAUAAUCGGCUGGAAAUCUUUGAAUCCGCUUUGGGAAGGUUGGGGUCGAAUAAGAUCACAUCCGAAAUUAUUCGGGGGUUGCCGAUGCCAAAAUCAGGGAGGAAUAGCCCAUGCUUCCAGUCUACAGCGAAACCCGAUGGGAGACAAUCGCACAUCCCGCCACAAGCACAACCACUAAGACAGGCACAAGUAAGGCCACAGUUGCUACCAUGCCCACAGGCACAAGUACAACUACCGUCACGUAUGCAACCACAGUCAGAAGUCCAGGUACGAUCGGACUCGCAGUCGCAAUCGCAAGGACAAGAACAGUUUAUACCCGUGCCAAUGUCAGAGGCUAAGCGCCAAACACAGGCACAACUACAAGCACGACCGGGGGUGCAAGUAGAAUCUCACCCACAGGUACAGCCGAAGCUACAGGCACAAUUGCAACAGCAGAUGCCGACGCAAGGAACACAGACACAACCGGGAGAUACACAGGCACAUCCCCAACCACAGUCACAAACGCUACUGCGCCCACAAACACCAACCCAACUGCAAUCAGAACCUCAGUUGACAUCACAACUACAGCCGCAACCAAAACCACAACCACAACUACAGUCGCAACCACAGUCGCAACCACAACUACAGUCGCAACCAAAGCCACAGCCACAACUACAGUCGCAACCACAGCAACUGCCACAACCACAACUACAACCACAACCACAUACACAUCCACAACCACAACAAGGACAGGCACAGCCGCCGAUAAGUUCGCAACAACAGCCUCAGCCACAGCCACAACUGCAACAAUCGCGGCUGAUAGGGCAGUCUCCUCCAGGGCAGAUACAAACACGCCCACACCCUCACCCACUACCGCCAUCGCAAUCACACCCACACCCAGAUUCACAGCCACAACAGCAGGUGCAACCGUGUACCGAUCACAUCAACGAGUCGCCGUCUGUGCUGAAAGCCAUUGAAGUGGCUCUGCGGGCGAGGCGGGCGAACAGUUCGGUACCUGUGGGAGGUGCGAUAGCCCUGCCCAGCAAGCCUCAGAACAGUGUGUCGAGCGCAAGCAAUAUUAGUACUGCUGCGCAGCCACAGGGAUUAGCUACCAAGCAAGCCCCCACUGCUGCACAGAAUCGACUCACACCAGGCGCACCCCCAACCCAAACGCCAAAUCUUAUCCCAAAUCCGAAUCAAAUCCUUAAUCCAAACCGUGUAUCAAAUUCAAAUCCAAAUUCAAAUUUAAAUUCAAAGCCAACCCCACACGCCCAAGUAAACGUGGGUGUUCAGGGAUAUAUCCGGAUGCCGGCGGCCGUACCCGUAUACUCGCAUGCGCAGACUCAUUGGCAACGAGCUCCUGUCCAGCCACGAAUGCCAUUCCCAAGGCAAGCCGCAGUACAUCCACACACAGGUCUCACAGCACAGACAGACAUACGUCCACAGCAAACAGGCGUACGCCCACACCCAGGCAUACCAUUGCAACCGGGAGUCCGUCCGCUAGGUUUCCCGCAUCUGAGUCAGCACCCACCGCCACGACCACAUGAACCGUAUAUGCACGCACAGGCCCAGCUGCACUACAACGCACACAUGCGCGCGAUGCAGCAGCACCCGUUGAUGCGAGGCCCCCACCCACACCCGGGGGUUGGUAUGGGUCACAUGCCCAUCAUGCCGGUGCAGUAUGGCAUGCAGCGAGCGCCGCUUUGCGCUCAAGGUGUGGCGGGUAUAGCCCAGAAAGCAGGGAGGAGUACGAACGGGAUGCCCCUGGCCACGGCCAUUAGUCCUACAGAGACUGGUGGGGUCAAGGAUAACCGCGCGAAUAACGGUAGCAGCGGCAAUACGAAAGGGGGAGGGAAGCGCAAAGCGGAGAAAACACCCACGUCUAAAGGUGCGAAGGGCCCGAAGGCUAAGAAGCGCAAUCGUAUACGGAGUGAUACGGGCCAGGGGGGUGUACUGGUCACCAGUACGAGAAGUGGGCGCACGACCAAACACCUCAAGUCGGCCUAUACGUGUGAUUUGGAGAGCUCGGAUAGCUUUGACAGCGACUAUGGGGAUAUGUACGAGUACGUACCUGCCGGGACACGCAAGACACCCACGGCACAGAAGAAGAGGGCACGCACGCCCACCUCCACACAGAAGCCCACACACCAGUCACCCGCACCCGCACAAGCGAUGGCAAAAGCCCAGGCAGCCGUACAGGGCAGCUCAAUAGACCACGCCUCCUCCUCCCCAGACCAUCCUACGAAAGCCAAUACGAACGCAAGUGUGCAGCGUGUUACUGGCAGGGCAAGGGGUCGUGUGGUGUCGAGGGAAGGCAGUUUGCAACCGGGCGAGUUCUGCAAGGCGUGCGAGCAGAGCCACGACGAUGAUCAGAUACUGCUGUGUGACGGGGGGUAUGGCUGCAACAACGGCUAUCACAUGUAUUGUCUGCGGCCUCCGUUGGACAGGGUGCCGUCGGGUAUCUGGAUCUGCCCGGAAUGUUUGGAGCUGGUGGUUCCACAAGUAACAAGUAUCUCACCAACACACUCGUCCAAUAAUCUCUCGCAAUACAACCCACAGCGCUGCAAACAGGCAGAGCUGGAUAAAGACUACUCGUUCGGGAGCGGCAAAACACGUCGGAUAAAGGAGUUCCAAAUAUUCGCCGACAGUUUCGCAGCCAAGGUGAUGGGCACGGACAGUCCCUCCAUCGCUGAGGUCGAGAAGCAGUUUUGGGGUUUGCUGAACAAUCCCUUCCACGAGAUGGCUGUGGAGUAUGGCGCUGAUCUUCACUCCAAAACACUGGGCAGUGGCUUCCCAUGCUACUCUCACCGGGCAGCAUUAGCACUGGACGUUACCUCGAUCCAGGAGGAUCUGGAUCGCGCCUUGCUGCAUAUGCGAUGGCUUAAGAAUGUCAGAGAUGAGCUACAACGGAAGAAAUGGAGCCAGCCCAACACGGUGAUAGCGUUGCUCAACCAAGGGACGGCCGCACACAGAGAAGGCAGGGAGAUGAACCAAUUGAAAGGUGUCAUCGGCAAGUACAGGCAGUGGAAGCGCAACACGGCCAAGGCAAUCAACCACCAAUCACAGAAUGUGGAUACGCUGAGUGCUUUGUUAGACACUCGCCAGACGAUACCGCUGGCCAAGUGUGACCUGAUGCUGCGACUAGAGGAUCGGGUGCAAAUCACCCUGUCCUGGAAUCAAAGGGCAGAGGGUCUUCUAGCCGGCAGGGACGGUCCGGUGGACCUGAACGAUGUCCGGGCCCACAUCCACGCGGGUGACUGUAUCAAGAACAUGAACUUGCCCCUGCGUAUUGAAUUGGCUGGUCUGCUACGUGCGCCUGAUCAGUGGUUUCAGCAAGUCAAGCGGACCUUCUGCAAGAAGAACACCGUGGCCAGCACCACCCCCGAGGCCCUAGUACAGCAGCUGCAGAAGCGUCUCACACGGUCCACGCAGAACAUACUAGCCCUACGGCGCACGUACGCCCGGGGAUCAGACGACCGGCUGUGUGUACCCGACUGUCGGGGAGAGGGGUUUAUGGUGCACUGUGAGCUGUGUCAAAAUUGGUACCACGGCGUGUGUAUCAAACUGCGGCCGCAUGAGGUGCGGGUGAGUCGGUGGUUCUGUCGAGAGUGUAAGUUCGCGAAUCUGCGGCAGCCGUCUGAGGCGGAUGUGACUAGGCUGGUUAAUGAGGGCAGUGAGCUCAACAUCAAGCUGCCUUUGCUCGACACCCUCGGUGCGUUGCUGGUCAAAGGGUCCGCUUGGCGGGCGCGGGCGCGGGCCUUUCUCUCGAAAGAGAGCGACAGCGAGUUACAGAGUAUAUGCAUUGCGAUGGACAUGCUUGAUAUCGACUACCACAACGAGAGACUCCUCAUCGAGGGCCGGUUAAAACGUCUCGAAGCUCGGGCUGAGGUACAACAGGCCACCACAGUCUCCAAAGCACAGACCAAAACAAAGGAGUCUGCGACGCGACUGACAGUUCCGAAAGGAAUAUCCCUCCAGGCUAUCCACAGCGCACGAACACAAACGGAUUCGAACCACAAGGCACAGGUGGCGUGUGUAUCGCAGGGGCCCAUAGACACGCAGACGGCGAGUGUCUUGUUAGACAAUCUACCUACCAGCCGGCAGGGCUGUGAAGCUGUGCGCGAUCCAUGCACCGCCACACCUGCCAGCAACGCACCCUGUGACGUAUCCGGCGAUGCGCGCGAAAGUGGACGUACGGACGAUGUGACUGGGACAGAGGAUGGAGACAGGGUUUUGGAUCCGAAGGGCGGGGAGAGUUUGGGGCAAAGAGGCUCAGAGUUUGGGUAUUUAAGACAAAUAGGUACAAAUUGCUCAGACCGGGACAGGGGGAAUCCCAAGUCACUGGAGGCUAAGACCGAACUUCCAGCUGAUAUAGGCAUCCAACAGCUCACUGCAAUUCUUGAGAGGGCUGGAGCGACACCCGAGGAUGAGGAUAGGAGUAUUAGUUCCGAGGAUGAAGAAGAAGAUGACAUGGACAGCGCUCGACACUGCGUGUGCAAUCUGCCCUACAAAACAGUGGAGCACGACUGCAUGAUUCAGUGUGAGAGGUGCGACGACUGGUUUCACAACACAUGUGUGAGCGUGACCGAGAUACAGGCAAACCGGGACACUUUUGUCUUCAUCUGCCCGGGAUGUAUUGUGGGCAUCAACCCAGUCGCCCCCACAGCCGCCGCUGCCAUAGUUUCUAUCGAAUUGCCACACUACCAGGUCGUUCCGUCGUAUAACAAGAACACCAAAGCCGACGAGCCCUGUCCACAGCAGAGCACAGACACCGUGUGCUAGGAAGAGGCAGCCUCUCCCUCUACACACAUACAUACAUACAUA